AUUCUUGUCACUAAAUAUGGCAUUUGCAUAUGAAGAUGGGUUUGGAAAUGCUGUUGACGAGUCAGGACAUCAUGUAUUGGACAUGGAUGUUGACGAAGAAAACUAUCCAAUAACCAAUUAUGACAGAUAUAUGGCCUUAAAACCACCAGAGCAAGAAAAGGUCAACAAUACAGCAAGGUCAGACAAAUCGAUAGACAAACCCAUUGAUCCUACUAAACGGGGGACAUAUGCGGACUACAGCGAUAAGCAAAAAGAAGAUUUCUUUUUUCUUGUGAAAAACCUCACAGCUGGUAAGACGGCAAAGCAGUUGGGGAUUCCUAGGCGCACUGGGUACAAUUGGUUGGAAAAAGAUCAAAAAUGCCCUAAUGAUGAAAUAAAACCAAAUACGUCAAAUCGCACAGGUGGCAGACCUCCAAUUUUAAAUAAUGUUCAUAAAGAGCAUCUGAUCAAGUUUGUGGAUGCCAACCCUUUAGCCCCAUUGGAUGCGAUGAUGGAAGAUUUGACGAGCAAUUUUGAAGGCUUAUCUUGUCAACGACUGCUCUGUAUAAUUUUGUAACCAAGAACUGUAGUCAGGCCCACAUGCAUUCGGAAAAACGAAACGAACCGGAAAUGAUACAAGCAAGGUACGAGUGGGCAAUCCGCUGGAGCACAACAAAAAUGGAUUUCGUCAAAAAUUGUAUUUUCGUCGAUGAAUCAGCCUUUCAUAUUAAUCUCAAACGAAACAACGCGUGGUCCGAAAAAGGCACUAGAGCAGAGGUGAUAGUAUCUCAAACAAGAGCAAAGACAACAACAAUUUUAGGUGCAAUUUCUGCUCUUGGUGCCAUCAAUAUUAAAGUACGUCGGCCACAGGCUCCUUCAAAAAAACGAAAAGCUACAGGGUCAGCUGGCAUGAAGAUAUCAACUGGGACUGUCACAAUGCACUAUCACAAUUUUAUGAGCAACACGAUAGAUAUUCUAGACAG